AUGGCGGCUAACUCGAAGUGGGCCAGAUUCUUGGAGAAAAGUCAACUAGGGGGUGUCAUUUUUGGUUGCACUAAUGACACAAUGGAAGAAUGCCUCACCAGUCAACUCUUUGGCCUUCCAGCUAAGCACUUUAAAUACGUUCAAAACAUCGAGCCAGGUUUGCCUCUUUUUUUGUUCAACUACAGUGAUAGAAAACUUCACGGUAUCUAUGAAGCCGUUAGCUCGGGCCAAUUGAAUAUCAAUCAAUAUGCUUGGACGGCAGGUGGUUCGGACAAAACAAAGUUUCCAGCUCAGGUUCAGGUCCGCGUGCGAACGAAAUGUGAAGCCCUUCCUGAGCAUCAAUUCAAGCCAAUAAUAGCUAAUAACUAUUACAAUCAAGUUCAUUUUAGGUUUGAGCUGGAUCAUGCACAAACAACCAAGUUGCUGUCCAAAAUGUCUCCUUCUGCUGUUAGCCCGAGUCAGGCCCUAACACCUAAAAAGGCCCAAAAAUGGACGCCUGUAGUAAAGUCUUCUCCCUCAAAAAACAAAAGAGAGGAAAGUGGAGCUUGUGAGCCAUCAUCACUUCCAAAAGAAGAUAGUGCAAACUCACAUGGAGCAUUUGCCACUUCAGAUGAUUCUCAGAUUUUGAAUGAGAUGAAUAACCAAUUGAAAGAGCCAUCUCCUUGUGAUCAAAAUUAUGAAACGAUACAGCAUUAUGAUGAAAAGGACCUUUUGUACAUAAAAUUAAAAGAGCUAGCUUUGAGUGGUGAGCUUUCAGAUGCUAUUAUGAUGGGAGAUGUUGUAGAAGGUGCAUGCAUGGAGAAUACUGACCUGGAGCAUGAAAAUCAUGAUGAUGCUGUUGCAAAUAUGGGAAAGUGGAAGGUCUCACCUACAUGUGAUGUUUUGAAGUUUCAUAAGCCAAUGUCCGCGGUUCGAGGAAAUGCCUCAGUUGCUCGGUUACAUGGAGAGCUUUAUGUUUUUGGUGGGGGGACAGAUUCGUUGUGGUACGAUACUGUUGAAUCAUACAACGUUGUGGACGAUCAAUGGACUACACGUCCAUCGCUAACUACAAAAAAGAAAUGCUUAGCUGUUGCUGCUCUGGAUGACAAGUUUUAUUCAGUUGGUGGUGGAAGUGAAAUAGAGUGUUUGUCGGAAGUUGAAAUGUUUGACCCAAAUGCCGGGCGAUGGGUUUUGGCUCGGCCAAUGUUGGAAAAGAGAUUUGCUGUAGCCGCUGUGGAAUGUCAUGGUGCAGUCUAUGCUGUAGGUGGAUUUGAUGGAACUGACUAUUUGAAAUAUGCGAUUGGUGGUCAUGAUGGGGAAACAAUGGUGCCAAGUGUCGAGAUAUACGAUGUUCGAAUGGGGACAUGGACAGCUGGGGAAUCUCUGAACCAAGGCAGAGCAUUUUUAGCUGCUGCAGUUCUUAAAGACUCCAUAUAUGUUAUUGGAGGGCUUAAAGUUGGUCCAUCCAUAAUUGACACGAUUGAGUGUUACAAGGAAGGUCAAGGUUGGCGGGAAUCGAACUUGAAGUCGGUAGGGAAUAUAUGCUACACAUCUGCUGUUGUUUUAGGAGAUGAUUAG